CAUUUCUCCCAUUUCCCCUCCCCAUUUCCCCAACCCCGUUAGACUCACUUCACUUCAGAUACAAUACAAAUCCCUAACCCCUUCCCUCAUCCCUUUUUUUCCUCAAAUCGAAAACCCACCUCCAGUCCUCCACCGGUCCACCAUCCCACCUCCGGUGUCCGGUCCUCCACCACUCCACCUCCACUCCAAGACAGUAGGUGGCAUUGUUGUUCUCUUCACUUCGACUCUUCUGCAACUUCCGACCCACACCCUUCAAAUCAACAAGUUCAAGAAACAAGCUAUUGAGGCAGAAAAACAGCAGGCCCAGUCAGGUUGCUAUCACUUAGAGGACUUGAAUUUUUAUGACUAUGGCUAGUUCAAACACUCCUAUACCUGUGGAUGAUGGGUUUAAUGAGUAUGAAAGUUCUCUCAAACGUCAAAAGUCUACCACUUCAAAGGUGUGGGAUGAAAUGACAAAGCUUGAAUGCGAGAACAAAAAUGAAUUGAAGGCACAAUGUAAUCACUCUUCUGAAUCGGCUUUUAGCAUGGGUAAGAAAGUUAUCACACCUUUGAGGAGUUCACUUAAGCCAAAAACGGUUCAGGCCGUUGUUUGCUUGGAUGGUUGGAUGCGAGCUAAGGGAUUUUCAGCAGAAAUUGGUUGCAAAAAGAACGAUGACGACGAUGAUGACGACGAUGACGACGAUGACGAUGAAUAUGUUUCUUCGGUAGCUUUUUAAGAUACUUUCUUUCUAAAUGUUUAAAAUUUAAUUUAGCUUACAAUUUAUAUUUUGUUAUGAAAUUAAAUAUGUUGAUGGAUUAAUGUAUGAAUAUUAUGGUUUGUUGCUUAAUUUUCCAAAGUCAUUUUGGUA